CGCCAAAGGAGAAAAAACGAGUGAAAAGGAAGGAAGGAAGAAAGAAAGGCUACAGCGCAUGUUGUUGUUUUCACUCGUCGGCUGCAGCAUUUGUUUGUUUGUCAUCUAAAUUCUUUUUCUGGGGACCCAGCGGGCGUUUCUCUGGUGACAUGGACCCGAGCACGACCAUUCUGCGGGUGAAGAGGAAGAGAGGUACUGACCCGGCGGACGCGCUGCUGCUGGCCUGUAAGCGGAUCCGUCCGGAGGCCGCGGCGGCUCAUCCCAGCGACGAGACAGAACCAGAACCGCAGGAGCCCAAUAUAGAGAACUCGGUCUUCAAACUAGUGGCUACUGUGGCUUCGCAGGAUGCUCCAGUACAGACACAUGUCCGUGAGGCUCUGGCACGCCCACGGCUGGCCCAUCAUGCUUUGCGCCCAUCUCAGGGAAGCGCUCAAAGGAUCAUCGGUGAUCUGCGCAGUGUCAAAUGGAGCACCAGGCGAGAGGAACGGUACCGGAUCCUUUCCAGUCACCGGGCUGGACUGCCACCAGAACCUGCUCCUGUCAGAGAGGAGAACGAUGAGAGCCAGACAGAGAACCAUGACAGCCAGCCUUUGGGAGAAGUUCAAGUGUUUGAUAUUGUGCAUGAGGAUGAUGACAGGAAGAUGCCUGGCAAGAAUGUUGUGUCUGACCCAGAGACAAUCCUAUGUAACUCUGUGAAGAUGAUUCGUGAGAAACUCAGCGUUUCGGGAGAUAGGCUCGGCACUGAACAUCGUGAGAAAGAGGAUGAUUAUGUGUAUGACUUGUACUACCAGGAAACAGUCACACCAGGGUGGAUACAAGACAUUCUGUCUGUCAGACCUUACACACAAGAGGGCGAGCUGGUACCUGAUGUAGUGGCCUGCGAGGAAGAGGUGUAUGAAGAUGAGGAUGAUGAGAACACUGAAACCAACUGGAGAAACGAUUACCCAGAUGAGAGCAGUGAGGAUAACAGUGAUGCUGAGGAGCGUUAUGGAGGUUGCUGGAGCGAAGAGCACUCUUACAGCAGGAGGAGCUGGGAACGCUACAGGCAGGACAUCAUGGAGGAGUUAGAGAACGAUAACCGUGAGGAUGACGACGAGGAGCGAGAGUAUGAUUCUGACUGAGAGCCUCAGUGUGUUCAUGAGCAUGAGAGGGGCCAUUUUUACUGACGUGUGUGGAGUGAAGCAGUAUGUUCUUUUGUCAAAAGUGAAUGUAUGUGGUAGCACAUGUGCGUGUUUUUGUUUGGGUGGCUUGAAUUGCGUGUUAGCGAGGAGAGUGAUUUAAUAUUUGCUAUAGUUGCGAUUGUUUGAUGUGAAGAUAGUAUGGAGAGAAAAUGGUGUGAUAUUUUGAGUUUGUGUAAGUGUGGGGUGCUUUGUGUUGUCAGUUAUGUGUGUAGUGUUUAUACGUUCCCCAUAUUCAAGGGGUGAAAAAGAAAAAAUACCUGUAAAUAUGUAGAUGUGUAUAAAAAAUAAAGACUU